UAUUUUGAAGUCAGUUCCGGUUUAGCUGUUGUAAAUGUGAAAUUAGCGAUAAACGCCAGCGGGGAUUACACAUACUCCUAAUAUUGUGUGUUUAAAAGAAAACAAAGCGGUUUAAAACUGGAUAAAGUGAACACUUGUUGUCGGAUGUGGUAGUUUAAAGACAUACAUGAACAUUUAGCCUACCCGUGGUAGCUUUCCUGGCAGCUAGGCUAGUUAGCUUGUUGGCUAAUCCCUGAGUCCAUGGAUCUGUUCGACGACCUGCCGGAGCCCACGCAGACCCCCGGUGCACAGGCCACAAACGAAGAAAAAGAAGAGGAAAGUUUAAAACGAAAGCGAGAAGAUGAUGACACCAACGGAAAGGAGGAGGAGCUCAAGAAAGUUUGCAAAGAAGGUCUCCCUGUGCUCAAAGGCUAUGUGGCAGCGAGGCGUGGUGAGCGUGAGGAGAUGCAGGAUGCUCAUGUCCUGCUGCCGGACAUGAACAGCUGUUUAACGGCUCUGCCCAGCGGAGUGAGUCGUGUUUCGUACUUUGCGGUGUUUGACGGUCACGGAGGAGCCCGAGCGUCGCGAUUCGCUGCAGAAAACCUCCAUCACACUCUGUCCAGGAAGUUCCCCAGUGGAGAAACUCAGAAUGUGGACAAACUGAUAAAGAAGUGUCUCCUGGACACGUUCCGACAGACAGAUGAAGACUUCCUGAAAAAAGCCUCCAUGCAGAAACCGGCGUGGAAGGACGGUUCAACGGCCACCUGCGUCCUGGUGGUGGAUGACACGGUGUACGUGGCCAAUCUGGGAGACAGCCGGGCGGUGUUGUGUCGGAUGGAGCCUGAGGCCUCAGCCGGAGGAGCCGACGGACGUGGAAGGUCAGUGACUCUGGCUCUGAGUAAAGAACACAACCCCACCAUCUAUGAGGAGAGGAUGAGGAUCCAGAGAGCAGGAGGCACCGUCAGGGACGGCAGGGUUCUGGGCGUCCUCGAGGUGUCCCGGUCCAUCGGAGACGGUCAGUACAAACGCUGUGGCGUCAUUUCCACCCCCGACCUGAGGAGGUGUCAACUCACAGCCAAUGACAGGUUCAUCAUCCUGGCGUGUGACGGUCUGUUCAAAGUGUUUUCUGCUGAUGAAGCCGUUAAAUUCGUCCUGGGCGUCCUGCAGGAUGGGAACGCUGAGUCGAAGGCGGGGCUAAAGGAGGAAGAGGGGCUGUUUGAAGCUGCCUGUCAACAGCUGGCCAGUGAGGCGGUGAGGCGGGGCUGCGCAGACAACGUCACCGUCAUCCUCGUCUCCGUCGGCUUCUGAACACAAACACUGUUUUCACGUCUGUUUUUCAAUAAACGCUGUUUCUUUAGCUUUGG